AUGAGCAGCAGCAGCAGCAGCAGCAGCAACAACAGCAGUAACAGGAGCAGCAGCAGCAGCAGCAGCAGCAACAACAGCAACAGCAACAGCAGCAGCAGCAGCAGUAGCAGAAGCAGCAGCAGCAGCAACAGCAACAGCAAGAAACAGCAGCAACAGCAGCAACAGCAACAACAACAGCAACAACAGCAGCAACAGCAACAGCAACGGCAGCAGCAGCAACAGGAACAGCAGCAGCAGCAGCAGCAGCAGCAAGCUUCUUCCGUUCUAACCUGUGUGUUUGCUGCUGGCUGCUUGAGGUGUACAUACACCGCAGAGGUGGGGGGCCCCCGCAGCAGCAGCGGCGGCAGCACGGUGGGGCCCCCAAAGACAGUCGGGCUUAUAAACACUUCUCCUGUAGCUGGCAGCAUAUACUCUAAAGCAACUGCAGCAGCAGCAGCAGCAGCAGCAGCAGCAGCAGCAAUAGGAGCAGCAGCAAGAGGAGGAGACGCAGCAACAACAGCAGCAGAAACAGCAGCAGUAACAACAGCAGCAGCAGCAGCAGAAAAGGCGAAUGGUUCACUGCAGCAGAAGGUGCAGCAGCCCGGCUACACCCAGCAGGAGCAGCAAACGCAGCAGCAGCUGCUGCUGCUGUUGUUGCAGUAG